CAAGGAGGAGGUGGCGGAAGUCCCGCCUUCUCCCUCAACCUGGCCGUUAGCAGCUUCAGUUGGUGUUGUUGUGGCGGCGGUUGGAGCGCGAGGCCCCGGUCCCAGGCUCGGCAACCGGUCAAUGCACGAGCGGGAGCCGUUAGUGCAGCAAGUGGAGGCGAUGUAAUGCAAAGCACGAAGCCGCAGGAGGAAUCCCAGUGGCGCUCUGGCAGCAUCUGUGGAGGGAAUGGACAGUCGAGAGAGCUUCUACAGACCGCAAGUACCAAUCUGAAGAAUCGGCUACUGCCACGCUGAAACCAUGAAUCAUAAACUCACCAAGGAAGAAAUAGAAGAACAGUUUGAACAAUUCUUGAAAGAGUCUGUUUCAGAUGAAUCUGUUGAUUUAGGAAAUUCACCAAAAUCCAGUGUUCUAAAUUCAUUGGGGAAGCAUAAUAGAAAGGAAACAAAAAAGGAUACAAAACCGUGGUGGAUUAAUGAAGACGAUUCUGACAAUGGGCAACCCCCUCUGAGAAGGUUUACCAAACUGAAAAGACAGCCAGCUGUCAUUGAUGCUGGCACUGAAACACUGAAGAUAGAAAUUGGUGAAGAACACAAUGGAAACCCACAAUCACAAAGCCCAGGUUCACAUGAGGAUAUGCUGCCAACCAAUCAGAGCUAUCUCAAAUCUCAGAGAUUCCCACAAUCAAUUGCAGAGACUGAAGAAGAGCAACAAGCGGAGAAGAUUUUGCUCCAAGGUGAUGAGCGGUCUUCAGUGUCCAUCAGUAGAGACAGUUUGGAACCAAAUGACUCUAUUGUGGCAUCAGGCCCUGCACAAACCACUUUUGGACCUGGACUUGAUACACUCGAAGAAGAAGAGGAGAAAGAACAGUUUUUUGCUAAUCUUGAGACGGGCGCUUCCUCUACUAUUGACUAUUCAAGGCUAAUUAAAGAGCUUGAAUCGACAGGUUCAACACCCAUAAAUGCUUUGAAUCAACAAGAAGAUGAGUUUGCAGCAUUAGAGGAGGAGGAAACAAAUGAAGUUGAGUCCCCAAGACCUAAAAGUGUCACCGCUUCAAGACACUAUAGUGAAGAUUUUGAAGAGGAUUCUGUUCAGAUUGGUGAAGAAUUUGAAUCAAAUAAUAAUAUAACGAAAGCUAAAUAUAUUCUAGAUGGCAUUGAAGAUGCAAGAGAAGCCAAAGAACAGGAAGUAAAGCCAGGCAUGCUAGCAAAAGUCAUACUGCUAGAUUCAUUAGAUUCAACGCUGGAUACACAGAAGUUAUUACAAUCUGGGGAUGACCGAUCUAUGGAAAAACAAUCAACUGAUGGAAAAAUUGGACUGGACACAGCAUCUCAAAUGAAUACCACAGCUAUUUCUGGUGGGCAAACUAACAGUGAUAUUGAAGCCCUACAUCAAGCGUAUCGUAAAAUUGAUCAGUCUCUGGAAAGUACAGGGGCGGGACAAGAUUCAAUAAAUGGAAGAGACACUAACUUUGCUGUGCAUCCUCAGAGCCAUGUUGGAGACUCGGCAAAGAAUAUUUCCACAACUGAAUCUGAUUUGCCUACAGUGGAAGAACUAAUGAAACCUAUUAAAGGGGAUGCUGUAUUUCCAAGAGGAUUUGACUUGCAUUCAAUAAGUACAAAUGCCCAGCAGGAGGGUGAAGUUGCAGCAACAUGCAGUAAACCGAUGGAUUCCAGUGGUCCGAGUCUCUUUCAACCACAGCUUAACUCUAACAUUUCAUGUGAAAGACCCACAUACCAAGAAGUAUCUGAGAGUUCAUUGAAGCAAAAUGCGAACCACACAAGUAGAAUUUCUGAUGAUGAUGUGGAAGCCUUAAUUAAUGAAAUAAAAAAUGAUUCUGCAAGCAAACACAGUCUCGUAGCUUCCACUUCACAAGCUGUUUCCCACCGAGAUUAUCAGAUUUACGCCAAGGCCAAAAGCCCAAGCUUAACGAACAAGAAGCACUUUGGUGGAAACUACACAUCUGUCAGAAGCUCGGGAUAUGGCAAAGUUAGUUCAUUGAAAAAAGAUCCCCUUGGUGCUAGUGAAAAACCGACUCAUUUAUCUCCAACAAAGCAAGCUGUGCCAGUGAAAGGCUUUAAAACUAGAUCCUCACCUGACCAUACAAAAGGCAGACCUAAAGGACAGUUAUUUAUAACACAGACAAUCAGAUCAGAAAAGCAAAAACCUGCAGAAAAUAAUCUUGAAAAUCCACUGUUUACUUCAAUGCAGUCAUCCUUUACACCACUUCAGCGACAGAUGAACAGUGGGCCAAAUCAUACAAAAUUACUUGGUGGCCUCGCACCAGAACAACUAAUUACAAGAGACAAUUGGGAGCUUUCAAAAGGAAAUGGACAAAGAUUGUCGGAGCCCGGUAGCGUAUGUAGGGAACUUGUCCUACUGCAAAAACUAGAAGAGGCACAUGAGAAAUGGAGCACAGAGCACGGCCUGGUUGAAAAGCUGAAAGAAAAGCUGGAAAGGAAAGAAGAAGAACUUGUUGGCAAAAAUGAAGAACUGAAGAAACUUCCUCAAUUAAAUGAGGAGAUUUACAUGCUUCAAUCAAAGGUAAAUAUAUGCUUUGGGAGUUCUCAAAAACUAUACAAGCAGAAAAAAAGUUCAUAUGAGGACUUUAUUUUUUGCUUUUUCAUCAGGGAACAGUUGAAGAAGAAGAAUAUGAAGCAAGUGUCAAUCCAUGAUGUACAGCCAUCUGAGCAAAAUAAAAAUCAGAAUAUUGACGACUUGGUUUCACAGCUUAGAAUUCAACAGAGAGAAGAGGUUAAGCUUACAGAAGAGAUUAAAAAACUUAAACAAGAGAAACAAGCAUUAGAGGUGGACCUAGAAAAAAUGAAGAAAGAAUGUAAUAUGGCUAAAGAACAACUUACUAAUACCUCAGGUGAUAAAGAUUUUGUAAUGAAAAUAAUGGAAGAACAGAAUAAGCAAGAAAUCCAUCGUCUCACCAAGAGGUUGCAAUGGUAUGCAGAAAACCAGGAGAUGUUGGACAGGGAUACCGCACGGCUUAAAACAGCAAAUGGAGAGAUUGAGAAGCUAAAGGAACAGAUUGAAAAGCUUGCAGCUGAUUCCAAAAGUCAGAAAUCACCUCCUGAGAAACGUGCAAAGGGCAGAGCACUUGAAGCCAAGCGAAUUCAGGACCUUGAGCGACAAGUGAAAGAAAUGGAAGAGAUAAUUCGAAGGCGCUAUCCAAAUUCCUUGCCUGCCCUUAUUUAUGCCGCGGCUUCUGUACCUGAUGCAUCAGCUGAAACUGAAGGCAACCUGUAUUCAAGAGCUUUUCUUGAAAAAAGGAUAAAGAAGCUAGAAGCUGACCUAGAGGGGAAAGAUGAAGAAGCAAAGAAGUGCUUGAGAACAAUGGAACAACAGUUUCAAAAAAUAAAGAUUCAGUAUGAACAGAGAGUCUCGGAGCUUGAACAAUUUUUAACACACAAAAUAGUUAACGAAAAGGAAAAACUAGAUGCUGAUUCCAAAAUGAAGAUACUUGAAGAAGAAAUUCUCAAGUUGAAAGAAGCCCACAAGUUCAAAGAAAAUCAUCUCAGGGGUGACAUUGAAAAGCUGAAAAAUCAGCUUUACCAGGCAGAAUUAAAACUGAUGGAAAGAGAAGAUAGCUCCCUUCGAAUGGUUGACCAGCACAUGCACAAUUCAUAUCAACAAGCUAAGAUUGAAAAACUCAAUUUAGAGCUAGCUGCAAAAAACCGAGAGAUACAAGAACUUUCAAAGACUUUAGAGCGUCUUCAGGCCGAGAGAAGAUUGCUCCUUAAUAAUAAAACAGCUACUGACAAAUAUGAUCCUCGGCAGAAGUCCACCAAGAAGUCCAGAAAAGGAAAAGAGUCUACACUAUCUUUCCCAGCAGCAUUUGAUGAAAAAGCUUAUCAGCCAAAUGACUUCUCUGAUUCUCAUAUAUCAGAGGUUCUGAAAGAAAAUGACAUAUUGAAGAACAACAUAGAAAGAUUGUCUUUGGAAAUGGACAAGCAACGAGUACAAUUGGCCCAGUAUGAAAAUGAAGUGAGGAGAACCCAGGGAGGUCUUUCUGAGCAUGUUGCAGCAUUAAACGCAUCUCAUCAACAAGAAAUAGAACAGAUAUUGACGCAGCAUGCUCUGGAACAUUCCUCCUCCAAAGUGGCUGAAUUGGCGAAUAAAAUCACUGCUCAAGAGGUUAUGAUAAAGCACCUUCGAGAACAGAUUACUGAGUUGCAGAAAGAUCGUGAGGCACUUUCGUUUGCAAAACUCCGCGAGGAAAAGCUGCAGACUCAGAUUGCCAAGCUCUUCGAUGAACUCGGGGAAGCCAAGGAGAAUCACAGUCCAGAGAUGAGGCACUUUGUGGCAUUGGAAAGGAAAAUUCAGAAGAUGGAGCUCAAGUAUGCUCAGAGAGAGCAGGAAUUCCAACAGUUAAUUCAGAAAGCUCGGCACUCUGCUGAUGCGGAUCAAAUUCAAGAGGUGGAGAAGUGGAAGAAGCUAGCACAAUUGAAAAAUUAUGAACUGGAACAUUUCCGAACGGAACUCGAUUCCAUACUGGACGUUCUCCGUGAACUGCAGAGACAAGGAAUUGUGAUUCCAGCUCCUAGUUCCGUUCGACAGAAUAUCGCAACAUUUACUAGGCAAUUGUAAUACUAUAAACAAAUUGAUUCACUUUUAUUACGUUAUAGAGUCUCUCACUGGCUUGUGUAUGCAGACGAGUAGCCUGUGAGGCUCUACCAUCUUGACGGCUGCUCACAAAAUCCAUUGUACGUGUAGGGUCAUAAACUGUUUGGAUGAAAUGUUUGGCACCAUCCCCUUAUCUGAAGUUUUAGCCUCCUGCAGCUCGAGCCAAUCGGCACAAUCUAUUAAGGGAAUUUUGCUUGAGUACAUCUAAUUUCCUCAUUAAAAUCCUUUCACUCAGAGCGCCUCAUUGAUAUAUUACUAUCUAGCAAGUCUGCAAGACAUUGAUGUGUAUCUGAAAUACUGUUAUAUGCAUUCAUUUAUAUUUGAACAUUAAUAUUUUGUACAUUUUUGUGAAUAUUUUUUCCAGAUACGCUAGUCAUUCAUAUGUUACUACAUAAUCUGAUAUUAGGGCCAGGAUUUGGUAAAUUAUGUAUAAACUGUGUAUAACAACAAAUAUUUAGAAGCAAUGAUUGAUUUAGAUGACAAUUUCUCCUUAAUUUAUAACUUCAGUGAGAAUAAUGUCGCCAAAUAGUUUAAAAAACGGAAUACCCCAAUAAAAAUGAACCACCCACAACACAGGAGAAGAGAUUAGUUAUUUAAUAUCUCUUUGUCGAUUUACAACUGUACAUAUUAUUGGGAGUUUUUUGAUAUGUUCUUAAACUGUAAACAUUUUGGUAAAGUACCUAUCAAAGUCGGCUUGUUCCAAUGAAAUGUACAUUUUCUUUUGGUAAUGUACAACAAAUUGAAGCAUGUAUUUAUGUAUAUUUUGGUUUUGUCAUAAUAAAUCAUACUAAUUUUGACAACAAAAUGUUCUGAUUC